AUGGUCACGCAAGACGUUGAGAUUUCAGAGGCAGAGUAUCCAUCAGCAAGUAAACUGUGUUAUCAGCCAGCUGUGAACUUUUCCAGACUCAGAAAAAACCAAAUUGUCCUAGCAGGCACAAUAUUCGCCUUUAAUGCAUCCCUCGGCGCUUCACUUCCCUCGGGAGCUUCAUCAUUCAUUGCCGCAGCCUUUGAGAUAUCUGAACAUGACAUUCGAAUUGUGCUUUUGAACUCCCUUUAUCUUGUCGGGUUUGCGGUUGGUCCGCUAUUUUUUGGACCAUUGAGCGAAUGUGUCGGACGCCGACCAGUGAUGAUCGGAACAUACCUGGCAUAUACUUUCUUCACCCUUGGCUGCGCACUGUCACCCACUUUCCAGUCUUUGUUGGUCUUCAGAUUCCUUUGUGGAUUGAGCGGAUCAGCACCUAAUGCUGUGCUGAGUGGCCUGUACAGCGAUAUCUACAACGAGCCCAAUCGACGUGGCAGAGCAAUGGUCAUUUUCUUCUUCACCGCAAUGGCCGGUCCGAUGGCAGGGCCUUUGGUAUCGGGCUUUACAGUUCUAAUCUCAUGGCGCUGGGUCUUCUGGGUCGCUUUGAUCAUCGCCGGAGCCGGUGUACCAUUUAUACUGUUGCUUCCAGAGACAUAUUCACCCGUCCUUGAAAGGCAAAAAACCAAGAGCCUUCAAAUGAAUGACGAAGCUCACACAACACGAGCACAAUUUUCAGCGCGGAAAAUAUUCAUUCGACCAUUUUCAAUGUUACUGAAGGAACCCAUCGUCUCAUUCACGUCUCUAUACCUCUCAUUUGUAUAUGGAAUACUGUUCCUGUUUUUCCAGGCUUACCCAAUAAUCUUCAAAGGGAUAUAUGGACUCUCGAACGGUCUCAGUGGUCUGGCCUUUAUUCCCAGUGGGUUUCCCGUCCAAAUAUUACCAAAAAAGAUUCGCAAGACUCAUUCCACCACAGUGAUUUUUGGGUCAUUUCUUGGCCUUUGCGUUGCGCUGGUCUAUGCCUCAUAUCAUAAUAAGGCUGUAGCAGCAGGCCAAUCAUGGUGCUCGGUUGAGGAGUACCGCCGACUUCCACUUGCCUGUAUCGGUGCCCCAUCAAUUGUCGUCGCUCUUUUCUGGCUUGGUUGGAGCUCUUACAAAUCCAUCCAUCCUGCAGUUCCGAUGAUGGCAGGAAUAUUCUUUGGUUUCGGCUAUCUGCUUGUGUUCACUGCACUGUUGAAUUAUCUAACGGAUGCAUAUAAAGAGGCUUCGGCCUCUGCACAGGCAGCUGCUAGUUCUACGAGAGCUAUGAUGGCGGUCGUCCUGCCAUUUGCAGCAACCCCUAUGUAUACCAAACUUGGUAUUCACUGGGCUAGCUCGCUGCUAGGGUUCUUUGCCUUUGCUCUGGCCUGGAUACCCUUUGCUUUCAUAAAAUAUGGCAGACUUAUCAGGGAGAAAAGCGGUAUUACCGUUGAGUCGCAUUGA